AUGUUUCUUCCAUAUAUAAUAGCAGAUGCAUUCAGAUUUUGUGGGGACUUCCUUCACGUGGCCUCAAAAAUUGUGUUAAUAACAAAGAUAACAAAAACAAGGUCCUGUAGUGGGCUGUCACUCAAGACUCAAUUCCUGUAUGCCAUGGUAUUUGUAUUUAGAUAUAUCGAUCUCCUUGAUCUCCACGUCGAAAGCCCUCUUGAAGUUUACAACUUCAUAAUGAAGAUCUUAUUUAUCGGGUUCCAAGUCCUCAUUCUUUUCUUGAUGAGAUUCAAGUACUUUUCCACCUACGACAAGAAGUGGGACAAGUUUAAUAUCUUAGUUCUGAUAAUCCCGUGCUUUGUGCUUUCGUUGUACUUUGCCAGGGAUUCAGGAAGUUUCUCCAAAUAUGUCCCCAAAGUCCUGUACAUAUCAUCUUUGUUCCUUGAAAGCGUUUCUAUUCUUCCACAACUUGUUCAGCUCCAAGAAGCCGGUGAAUCAGAGACAAUGACUUCUAAAUACAUUCUUCUGCUGGGCCUUUACAGGGCUUCGUACACAGUAUACUUCAUCGUCAAAAGAUUCUAUAAUAUAAGGAACACAGGAAAUAUUCCCAUUGCAUGUGGGAUUGUUCAGACCCUACUUUAUAUGGACUUCUUUGCAGUAUAUUACAAACAUGUUUUCAGGAAGUCUGGAAUAUCCGAAAGGCUUCCCUCGUCGAAUAUUAAAGGAGAAUUAUAA